CCGCAUCAUGAAAUGUUCAGAAUACUCGGAUCAAUUAAACAACAAAAUGUCCGAAGCACAAAACGGGAACACCAACGUCAAACUCAACAUCAAAGUAACCCGCUCGCCGCCGGUGCUCUUACACCCCGCCGGAGAUACUCCGGAUGGCGGCGACGGCACCUACUUCCUGUCAAACCUAGACCAAAACCUUGUGGUCACGAUGAAGACAAUCUACUGCUACACUGCGAAGGAUGGUCGGAGCACCGAAAACGCCUGCGAGGUCCUGAGAACGUCGCUGGAAAAGGUGCUCACUUACUUCUAUCCGUUCGAGGGCCGCUUUGGAGUGGACGAGGGAGGAAAGCUCGUGGUACGGAUGAACGGCGGCGGUGUUCCGUUCGUGGAGGCGGUGGCGGAGUGGGAGAUGGAGGAUUUGGGUGACGUGUGUUCGGCGGAGCCGGAGAAGUUGGGAGAGCUGAUUUAUUUUCCUCCGGCUGAGAAUAUAUUUGAAAUGCCGCUGUUGACGAUCCAGGUGACAAAAUUCAAAUGUGGCGGCUUCGUCCUCGGCAUGGCGAUGAAUCAUUCCAUGGCCGACGGUCUCUCCACCGUCGAGUUCCUCCACUCCUGGGCCGCAAUUGCCCGUUGUCUCCCUCUCUCUCUCCCGUUAUUUAUCGACCGCUCCAUCUUAAAAGCACGCAGCCCGCCGGCCACCGACUUCCCCCACACAGAGUUCUCCGACCUCGCCGCCUCUCUCUCCACUUCAGACUCUUUCUCCUCCCUUGCCCUCAUCCAUAAAAGCUUCACCUUUGAAGCCCAAAAACUCUCCCGCCUCAAGCUUCUCGCUACAGCCAAUGGCGAAUUCCCGACGCCGACCGAUGCUUGGUUACUCUACAAGGUAGGGCGUUACUCCGCAUGGCGCUUUGUAAUUGAGCAACAUACGUUGAGAUUCCACAGAACUCGUCGUGAAUCUGCAAGGUACUUCGUUGCAAUGUGUAGGGGGAGUUUCAUGGUGAUUGAAG